GGUUUAGUAAGUAAAUCUAAUGGCGGUAAAAAGGUUAAAAGCUUUUGACAAAUCAGAUACAAGAUAAAAGACACGAAGAAGCUGAGUUUSUAUUGUUUUAGCCGAACGCCUAUAGUACCCAUGGUAAAUGGAUUCUAUUUUUAACCUGCUGUUUUAUCGCGACAGUGUUUGUUUCACGUGAUCAAAGAWCGAGCUCAAACCGUCAAUAUUUACUAACAGGCUUAUUAAUGAAACAAGGUUAUGUUAUUUGAAGAACUGACAUGAGGGAACAUAUUUUACUAAUGAUAUUCGUCAUUUCCAUGGCUCAAGACGGCACUGCCAAGCCACCAAACAUAGUUUUUUAUCUAGUCGAUGAUCUUGGAUGGAGUGAUGUUGGAUAUCAAAAUAUGUCAAUAAUAUCCACACCCAAUAUCGACCAAUUGGCGUCGGAAGGAGUUAUACUCGAUAAUUAUUAUGUUCAGUCAGUGUGCACUCCAACAAGGGCAGCUUUAUUGACAGGAAAAUAUCCCAUUCAUACAGGAAUGCAGCAUGGUGURAUACUACCCCAACAACCAUAUGGACUCCCUCUGGACGUGACACUGCUCCCGCAGAAAUUAAAAGAUGCUGGUUACAUCAGUCAUAUUGUUGGUAAAUGGCAUCUUGGCUAUCAUGAAUGGCAGUACACACCCACCUAUCGGGGAUUUGACACUUUCUACGGGUUUUACAAUGGUGCCGAAGACCACUGGACUCAUAAAAAGAACGGAAUACUUGAUCUACGAGAUCAAAAAAUCCCGGUGACUGAUAUGAACGGCAUCUUCUCUACUAAUAUGUUUACUAAGCGAGUGUUAGAGAUAAUCARUGGCCACAAUUCGUCCAUGCCUCUCUUCCUUUACAUCCCAUUUCAAAGUGUYCAUACUCCAAACCAAGCACCCGAGACGUUCACCAAUCAGUAUAGCUUCGUGCACGACGAAACAAGAAGGAUCUAUUUAGGAAUGGUUGGUGCAGUGGAUAACGCCAUUGGUACCAUUACAGACGCAAUGAAGAAAAGAGGUCUUUGGGAAAACACAUUAACAAUAUUCAGCUCUGACAACGGUGGUAAUCCCAUAUAUGGAGGUUACAACUGGCCACUACGAGGUACGAAAGGAAGUUUAUGGGAGGGUGGGGUGAGAGGAGCAGCUUUUGUUCAUGGCUCAAUGAUCGAAAAAAAGGCAAGAAAGUGUAAAGAGCUCUUGCACGUCACUGAUUGGUUCCCUACUCUAACAUCACUGGCCGGUCUGAAUAUUGAAAAAGACGAAUUUGAAGGACUUGAUGGGUUCAAUGCGUGGAACACGAUUUCCAAAGGAGAACCAUCCCCAAGAAAAGAAAUAUUACUCAAUUUAGAUGAGCAUGAAUCAGGCGAAGCGACAAUAUCGUUCGAAGGAGCAGCAAUACGUGUGGGAAACAUGAAACUACUGAUGAACGUAAUCAACUUUCCUUGGUUUAUUUCUCCUGAACUCGGCGAUGGCGGACAAAAAUACACAAGGUUAUUAUGGGAAGUGUUAAUAGCGGGAAUAAGACCCGUAGAAGAUAUGCCAGAGAAAACUAAACUAAAGCUUAAGAACAUGGCCAUCAAACAAGCUUUAUUUGACAUUGACGCUGACCCAGARGAACGGCAUGACCUUAGUGAGAUAUUCCCGGAUAUUGUUGCUCGUCUAAAGAGUAGAGUGGAUUUUUACAGAAAGAGCCUUCUUAAGAUACGUAAUAAACCUAAURACAUUUGUGCUUUGAAAAACGCACAACGAGACAAUGUAUGGGGACCCUGGAAAGGAACAGAGUAAUAUUAAAAUCAAAUCAAAUUUUCUCUAAUAUCUAAGUUGCGAAGUUCUGAAUACAUUGCUGUCUUCCGCUUCAGUUUCCCUAUGUUUAACAGMUGUAGUUGUGACUUGGACUGUAACUACAUGCGCGGACUUUGAAAUGCCAUUUAGUUCGAAUUGAAGGACUCAUUUUCAUCAGGAAGGUCAUAACAGUUUAUCGUACCACAUGCGAUAGGGAUAAAUUUCUUUAUCAUGGACUACCAACUAGCUGAUCAGGAGUCUGGUAACUAUURGAAGUUGAGGGAACCAGGACACUUCUUUAUAAAUCCUAAUAAUAAAUAACUUUUUGUCUCAAUAGCUUUAGCCAGACAACAAAUUUCCUACUAAUUGGGGUGACUCAAACACACACACGUCUCAAKAUUGACUGUUUUAGCAUAGGAAACCCCUCACAGCUAGUCAGUUUUGGGUUCAAAAGAUAGUGUGCUUGAAGUCAGACCAUGGGAGAUCUUUUGCGCGUGCAAACUCCAGAAAUUUAGAUGAGCAGUUACCGUAGGAGUUAUGAAUAAAGGUCCCAGUAACGAAAAAGACAGCUGAAAUACAUUACUCGACGCGAUAGAUAGGUAGAUUGACAAAAACGUAAAUCUGAAGUCGGCCCGCCUACGGCUAGCCCGACUAAUUAUAGCGAUUCUUUUUGAAAGGCGUGUCCAUUCUUACCUGAUGACUGAUGAUGCUCUACUAGUARCGAAACCAUGGAAAUUAGUUAUUCAAUCUGCUCCUGACAACCUGAAGUAUAAAAUCAACAUGAGUCCGAAAAAAUGCCAUAGUAGGUGACGAUAUUUUGCGACAAGCCUUUGUGCAAAUAAACCGAAGUUAGUGGCGUCGCGUUUUCAUAUAAAAACCAGUGAUCGAAGUUCUAGUCAUAAACUCUGUCUGAAUCAAGUAUUAACUCUGCUAGGAUAAUUGCCAAUUUAUGGCACUGCCCCGCUUGAGCCAGUUUAACUUUAACUUUGACUGAAAGACUAAAACAUAUGAAAAUAUCAGUAUUUGACUGAAAGACUAAAACAUAUGAAAAUAUCAGUAUUUGACAACGAAUAACAAUUAAA